GGCAACGCGUAUCGGAUAACGAUCGAAAGGAAAACACGCGUAGAUUUGCAACGACCUUGAGCGACUCGACUCAGCGGGCGUUCGUAAGAAAGUGACGUCUUCGCGCGAGCACACGUUUCACAUAGGUGUUACCUCCACCAUGGAGCAGAGCGACGAGAUCGUGAUCGGGAUUGCGUAUAGGUGAGAGGCCUCACCGUCGGCAGGGUGUCCCGUUAGGGGACCUAGAAGGCCCACAAGGGGCCACAGCCAAUCGUAUCAACCUGGUUCCGACCACACCGGAACGUAUCCUCGCCCGAUGAGGAUCGGCUGCCAACCGGUCGGCCCGAUCGCUCAACCGGUAUCGUUUAUCUGUCCAAUUCACGCCCGUUUCUCGUCGUCCGCUCGCCUCGAAUAUCGAGCACCAACGCGCGGAAAAGUCGAAAUCGUUUCGUAGCGAGAAUGUGAACGCCAAUCUUUCGCUGAAACACUGCCAGACCGUUUGUCGCCUUGAGGAUCUCGAGGGGUGUUCCAGCCAUGGGCCGCACGGGAUACACGUGCAUCAGACACGUUUUCUGCUCCCUCAACGUUCUCAUCUGGUUAUGCGCUUGCGGAAUUUUGGGUGCAGGCCUCUGGCUCCGAUUGGCUUACUCCGGAUACACGACCUUGGUGCCGCACUACAGUUUCGCGUCAGCUGACUCGUUGCUGCUCGCCGCCGGAUGCGUGACCUUCGUGAUCGCCUUCUUCGGAUGCUGCGGCGCGUGGUUUCAAUCGAGAUGCAUGUUAAUCACGUACUUCGGUUUGGUGAUACUGAUGUUCCUGGGCGAGUUCAUGCUGGGCACCCUGGCCUUCAUCUUCAGGGAACAUCUAGCCAAGAGUUUGAAGGACGAGCUGCUGUUCGGCAUCGAGAAGCAUUACAACCUGACCAGGGAACCUGGAACUCUUCCCGCUAUAUGGGAUCACAUACACACGGAGUUCCACUGCUGCGGCGUGCGGGAUUACACGGAUUGGUUCCGAAUCGACGCCUGGCCGACGGAGGACCGCGUGCCCGAUUCCUGUUGCGUGCAGAGAGAACGGUAUUGCGGUCGCCUCGACUCCGAGGGGCGUAACAAGGAGCUCUGGUACAAGGAAGGCUGCGCGACAGCUAUUCAAAUGUGGCUGGUGACCAGGCUGCACGUGGUCGGGACCGUUGGCCUCGUGGUAGCCUUCCUCCAGUUGUUCGGCCAAGUGGCCAGCAUGAUCCUCUUCUGCACCGUCAGGCACAAGAGGUCGUCCCACACGUACAAGAGUUACGAUACCACCAACACCUAGAAUUUCAGAUGGAUCUUAGACGAGACCAGCGUCUAAGAUCCAUCGAAACUUUAUAUAUAUAUAUAUAUACACGCACAUGUAUAUCGCACGCCCGCAAUGAUCGCGAUCUUCUUCGCCGCCGAUACGAAGAGGAUCUGGGAUCGUUGCUUCUGUAUGCCCCUUGGCCGAUAUCUCGAACCCCCUGUAAAUUGUUUUCCUUCCCUUCUUGCGAAAAUGUCCGCCCCUUUCUUCUUGUAGAAUUAGUAGAAAUCGAGUAGAAACACGAGCGAAUUAUCGUUAAACUCGUCCACGAGCUUAGACGGUGGAACGAGAUGAUUAAUAAGCAUGGCUUCUGAGAGACGCGAGACGAGCCAUUAUUUUAAUGGGUCGUUAGACCCGAUAAGCGAUUCCGCCUUCAUCCAGCUGAAUAAUUUGACGAGCUUUUAACAAAAUAGGUCGGAUGUAAGUAAGAAUAAUAACGACGUACUCGCUGAGUUUAGAUUUUGAUCGGUGGAACGAAUCUUGUAGAAGUAGAUAGUAAGUAGAGGAGAGAAUUUUAUAUAGUAGGAUGCGAACAUUUAUGUUACCUUGCAUGCGAACCUGUUUUAUUUACUAGAGAUAAGGUAAUCGCACACGGAUCAUACCAAAAUUAUUCGUUACGUACGACCAGGCGCUACGAAUCGCUUUGUCAAUAUUGUUUUUUUUUCCUUUUCUUCUCUUUUCUUUUUCCGUUCCGUUUCAACGGUUUUGCCUGGUCGUGCGAGCGCGAGCACAAUUUUUAUUUUUAUUCUCGUUAUCGUUUUAAGAUCGGAUCGACCCCACCCGUGGAAACACUACACAAUCCUCGUGGAUUUUUCUCUCGUCUAGCUUUAAAUCCUCGGGUGUGUCGAUCGUGUACGUUUUUUUAUCGCGUAAUAAGUUGUCGAUAAAGUAGCGACACUUGACCGCCUAGUGUACGUUUGAAGAAGUGCGUGGUUUCGAGCGCAGCCUGCCACGCUACGAGGUCGCGACGAUCGAGCUGCAUCGAGAUCGUAUCACGCGAGCCUCGUGUACGUGUAACGUUCAGAUAAUAAAUAAUAUAUUUAUGAGACGA